AUGGAGGGUUCAACGCUGACACAGAGGAGGGCUGAGUGUCAGUUGAAGGAAAGGGUGAUCCAGACAGACUACGUGAUGGAGCUGGGAGUCAGGUUGGCUCUGGUGUGGCAGAUCCAGAGGGAGCAGGAGAAGGAAAUGAAGAGGAUUUGGUUUGAGACGAGGAAAAUGCCAAGCCUGAUUGAGGAGAAUGUGAGAGAUGUGACAAACCGUCCACUCACUGAGUUCAUGGCUCCCUGUAUUGACUCCCUCCCACCACUGGCUUUCACCAAUCGGAGGCCUAUACCAACCAUGUUACAUCCCCCCUCUCAAUUGGCCAUACGCGCUCAGGAGGCACAGCGGUUCAUUGUAUUUUCAUACUUUGUCCCUGCUGAGUGCCCAGUUGCCACAGAGGCCACUGCAGAUGUACGUACUGGUAAAAGAGAGGACUUAUCGACAGAUACACAUCUUUCCUCAAUGCUGCAUCGAUACCUGCCACACUUCUUUAACGAUGACUCCAUGCCACCACAGCAGACAUUAGAGGGAACCACUGAGGUCUCAGUUGCUCCAGUGGCAAAAUCUAAUAUCAAGGAAGAGGACAGAUUCUAUCCUUUCUCCCUCCCACCACUGGCUCAGCGGUUCAUUGGCAAAUCAUUCAAUGUCCCGGAAACCUCCCAGCCUGCUGUUUUAGCCACAGAGUACCGAGUUGCCAAAGAGGCUACUGCAGGCACGGCCACUGUCAAGAGAGAGAACCGAUGGGCAGCUAGAAGUCUUCUUUCAGUGCUGACUCCAUGCCUGCCAUCAGUCUUUGACGGUGACUUCAUGCCACCAGAGCAGACAGUAGAGGAUGCCUAUGAGGUCUCAGGUGCUACAGAGAACACUUCAGGAGAAAAAGAGGACGCCAAUGAGUCCUCCCUUGCCACAGAGAUCACUGUAGGCACAUCCAUUGUCCAGGGAGAGGACCUGUUGGGUGAUAAAAGCCCUGCUCCAAGGCUGCCUCCAAGCUUGUCACACAUUUUGGACAAUGACCAUAAGCAGCCAGAGGAGACGAUAGUUGCGAGGGAAGCAGCUGUUUCCGUGUCCACUGUCUUCCAAGAGGAGUUUUUGGAUAGAGAGAAUCCAUCAGCAGCUACACGUCUUCCCUCAGUGCUGCCUUCAAGUCUGCCACUUGUCUUUGACAAUGACUACAAACUGCCAGAGGAGGCAGUAGAGGGCACCAGCAAGUGUCCAGUUGCCAGUGAAGCAGCCGCUUCCGUGUCCACUGUCCUCCAAGAGGAGUUUUUGGCUGGUAAAAGUCCUCCUGCACCCGCAGCACUGCCUCUAAGGCUGCCCUGUACCCACAGCAUUGACCACAAACAGCUAUGGGAGACAGUUGAGGACAACACAGAGCGCUUAGUUGACACAGAGGAAAGUGCAGUUUCAUCCACUGUCAAGAGAGAGGAACUGAUAGGUGAUAAAAACCCUGUCCUAGCACUUCAUCCAAGCCUGGCAUGCAUCCAUGACAAAGACCACAAUGAUCCAAAUCAGAAAGGGAGGGGCACUACUAAGGAGGUGUAUCUCUGCCCUCACGCUCACCAGCUGGACCCAGAUGCUAACUUAACUCUGUCAACCCACAAUGAUGAACCCAGGACCUGGACCUUGGAAGAGACAAAGGAUUAUAGGAUAGGCAUUGACAUUGAGAGUGAAGAGAGGAGCGUCCAGGAGGAGGUGAGACCGAGGGAGGGGUUGAAGUGUGAUGCGGACUGUGCCCAUUCCAAGAGCUCCAAUGGGAUGGUUUCAUCAGAGAGAGCAGAGACCAUCCUGGGAAGAGUGGGCUUUCUGGUCAGGAACCACAUGCAGAAAAUCCCAUUUUUGAAGAUGGAGGAAAAAGAGGAAUGUAAGAAACUGAAUAAGAAGUUGAAAGAUGACGAGAAAGAGAGAAAGGAGAUGAAAAACAAGGAGGAGGAGCAAAAAAAGAGGGAGAAGAAAGAGAUGAAAGAGAGAGAGAAAGAGCAGAAGAAAGUCAUGAAGGCUGAGAAAAAGAGGGAGAAGUUAGAACAGAAAAAGAGAGAGAAGGAAAGAAAAGAGGAGGACAAGGCAGAGAAAAAGAGGUUAGAGGGGCUGAUGAAGAUACAUAAUGACAUGAUGAAAGACAGGAUUAAGAAAGAGAAGAAGUGUUCUGAGGAGCUGAAAAAGAGAAAGAAAGCUCAAGCUGAGUUCCUGGAGAUGGAGAGAAAGAUUCAAGAAAAGGAGGAGAAGAAGAGAGAAAAGAUGAGGAAAGAGGAGAGGAAGAGACUGGAGAAGAAGAAAAAGAGUGAGCCAGUUGGAGGUGGAACUGAGAGGGUGAUAGAAGAGCAGGGAAGGGAUGAAAGUUUGAAGAUGGAUGAGUAGACUGGUUAAUAGAGAGAUAGAGCAGGGAGGAAUACUGUAUU